CCUUCAACUAAGAUCACAAGAUUUUCAUCUACCUGGAGCGAAAUGGCUAAAGCUUUAGUGCUGCUGUCUUUGGUCCUGGUCAGUGUUUUUGUGAAUAAUGGGACUGCCUCAGAGAACCAGAGGCUCUUCAACAACGCAGUCAUCCGUGUACAACACCUGCACCAGCUGGCUGCAAAAAUGAUCAAUGACUUUGAGGACAGCCUGUUACCUGAGGAACGCAGGCAGCUGAGUAAAAUCUUCCCAUUGUCCUUCUGCAACUCUGACUCUAUAGAGGCUCCCACUGGCAAAGAUGAAACGCAGAAAAGCUCUGUGCUGAAGCUGCUUCGCAUCUCCUUCCGCCUCAUUGAGUCUUGGGAGUAUCCCAGCCAGACCCUUAGUGGAACCAUCUCAAACAGCCUGACCAUCGGCAACCCCAGCCAGAUCACAGAGAAGCUGGCCGAUCUGAAAGUGGGCAUCAGCGUGCUCAUAAAGGGAUGUCUUGAUGGACAGCCAAACAUGGACGAUAAUGACUCCCUGCCAUUGCCUUUUGAGGAUUUCUACUUGACUUUGGGGGAGAAUAACCUCAGAGAGAGCUUUCGUCUGCUGGCCUGCUUUAAAAAAGACAUGCACAAGGUUGAAACCUACCUGAGGGUUGCGAACUGCAGGCGAUCCCUCGAUUCCAACUGUACCCUGUAGAGGGCGCCAGUAGACAAUUAGCCAUAGCCUGUAAUACGAUUGUGCUUUGCUACAAAUCAAAGACCAGAUUAUGUCCUCAAACCCCCUUAAACCCAAGUAUUUUCUGGUCCUAAAUUUGCAGGAAAGUUCAGUCGGGCAAGGCUAAGUCUCAUGUUUAAUCUUUUCAUGCCACUAUUGUAUUUAUUUAUUCUUUUUAGGGAGCACUCGUUCAUAAUUUAUAAAGAGAUGAAUUAAUUAAUUCAAAGCAAAAAGGUUAAAUCCGAUUUACCAUUUCAAAUGGUGCUAAGAAAUGUAUGUUAAUGUCUUUUGAAAUGUGUCUAAAUUUACUUUAAAAUAAAAAAGUGCUCUAGUAUGUUUUACUAGGCUUAAAAUCAGUGUCCAUAAUGUAAUUUGAGUUCACUCCCAUAAGUAUUGCAAUGUCUUAGAUCGUGCCUUAA